ACAUUACAUGUACUUAUUUUAGAUCUGACCUGGCAAAAACACAAUUUACAUUCACCUAAUUGGCAUUUUCUGCAGUUGCUGAGCAAUGUCGUCGCCGCCACCGAAGCCAGUAGUUGGGGUGGGAGUUUUUCUGCUCAAAGAAAAUAAGGUGUUGCUCGGCCGCCGCCGCACCGCCGUCGGCUACGGUACUUUCGCCCUUCCCGGCGGCCACCUCGAAUUCGGAGAGACAUUUAGGGAGUGCGCAGCGAGGGAAGUGAGGGAGGAAACGGGGCUAGAGAUCAAUGGGGCAGAGUUUUUGAGCGUGACCAACACCGUGCUUUCGCAGCCCAAACCAACGCAGCUGAUUGCAAUUCUGAUGCGCGCAUCCCUUGCGGAUGCCGAUCAGACGGCUAUCAACGCCGAACCCGAUAAAUGCGAUGGCUGGGAUUGGUACGAUUGGGACCAUCUUCCCACACCUUUGUUCCCCGUACUAGAAACUGCCGUUCUACAAGGCCUCAAUCCCUUCCCCCCCAAAUAACAACACACGGCAUCUACUUCCAAAACAUGGACAAACUCAUAUUAUGAUUAUUUAAAUAAUUUGCUGAACUAAGUUGGAUUUUAAUUCGAUUGCUCUUUAUUUAUA